AUGGUUUCGGACUGCACUUUCUCUGGCAUCCCCAGUCUGCACGGGGUGCCCUCCCAUACGAGACCACCAGUUAGACUGAUAAAAGGCACUCCAUCAGGGUACAUGGAACACAAAGGGGCCAGGUAGGAAAGCUCCUGGGAAAAGCAGUCAGACUGGACUCUGGGCUGCUUGAGUCAUGAGUGGCAUACUGACCAUGUGGCCCUGAGGGAUUCAGGAAACCAGCUCACUGUCACUGUGUCCCGCCUGCCCAAGGAGGAUGCGGGCCGGUGCUGGUGUGGCAUCUAGUGGAACAUUGCCAGAGACGUCAUGGAUUUUGCAGAGCUGGCUGUGACUGACAGCAGAGGAGCCCUCAGCAGUGAUUUUGGUCUGGGAAAGGUGGGCAUCUGCAGGGGUCUAGCUGGGGGUCCCCCGCUGCUGUGGGUGUUCACUGAUGUGGAAUUACUGAAACCAGUGGAGCAGCAGCUCAGGCUCCCCCUGGGUUCUUUGGGACGUUGGUGUUUAGUCCCCAUGAGAGAGUUUUCAACUUUUGCUGCAGAAACACUCAGCAGAGUAGACAACUCUUUGAAGCCCCUCACAUGUGUCCUGACUCCAAAGGAAAUGGCUUAAACCGAACAGAUGUGACUAAAGAUUGCUUUUAUUUAGUUUAUAAAUAAAGUGAUGCUGCCAUAGAAUCACCAUGACACCUUGGGGACUGAUUUUGAUCUCUCAGGUGUUCUGAAGGACCCUUUAACCUUGCCAGCAAUCGUGUGCAGCUAGGUAAGAAUGGUGGUAGCCGGAGGAGCUACACGCCUGAGCAAGGCUGCAGGCCGAUAACAUCACAAGAUCUGAGUUCUCAUGCGUUUAGCUACCCAGAAGUGAAGAAGAGAGGCAGAAUCUUGGUUAUGGGGCCAGGAGAUCAUUUGCAUUGUAUUUGUUAGCCAAUAAAUUCCUGACCAGUGUUGAAUGAGCUCCAAGGUAUGACUAACUUCUCCCGGAUUAUUACUGGAAAAGUAUUUUUGGAAAAGUUUCUUUUAAAGCAUACUACUUAAAUUUAUUUCUGAAUAGGUAUUACAUGCUGCCCUAUCCAGAGAAAGAGAAAUAGGCUAAGUCAGCUGGCUCUCAGGUUCUCUGAGUGAAAAGACUGUCCUGUUUGGGGAACUACGACCAGACCAAAUGGAUGCUGCUUUUGAUCAAUUAGAAACCAAGUGAAAUAGUCAUUCAAAUCUGGAAACGCAAAUCAAGAUGGAGGCAUUAGCAGCUAUGGAUACAGAUAAGAUUAUAUUAUCAUCAAUUUCAGAAUUACCAAAACUCUAGCUCCCACCCACAUGUCUGCACCCUCUCUCUCCUUAUAGUGUCUGUCCUGCUACUUCAGAGAGUUCCCAGGGUCUCCCUAUCACAAUUUCUUCUGCCUUCAUAUAAACUCACUUUCCUGGUCUCAUAAUAGGGUGCUGGCUAGUCUCAGUGCACAGGAGACUCAAGUGGCCUGCUGGUCUGAGCGGGGCUGGGACAGGGGAGACUGGCUCUUGACGUGAUUCUGCACAUACCCUGCACAUUUAGGUCCAGGGUUUCACAAAGUCAUGAACACAGUUCCUUCAGCUUCCACCCUAACCUCUCUCUCCCUAGGAAAGGAACUCAUUUACUUAACAGCCUGCUGAGAAGCGCCAGCUUGUGGGUACCAACCCAUUCCUGUCAUCCUCUGUGUUUCCAUACAGCC